UUGGAAAAUAAAAUCAGCCGUCCGUCUCUGCGGGUCGGACAGAGCUGGAUGCAAAGCGCUGGAGCUGGUCUCCAAGGCGGACCGGGAUUGGAUUUGGACCCUGCAGGCUGGGGGCGUGGGAUUCUGUUUUUCUACUUUUUGUAGCCGCUGCUGGCAGCGCACGUUGAAGCCGAGCGGGACCUCCUGAAAGAUUUCAAGCAUAGAAAGAAAGUUCCACUCUGGGCCCACACCGCCCACCCACCGUAAGACCAUCAUGUACCAGGCUGCUGUUACCCAGCGAGCAGACCACGCCUUGCCGAGCAGGGUCAUGGAGGAACCCGAGGUCUGCUCCCUGCCCGGGGGGCUGGCCGGUGUGAGGAAACAGUUUGAGAUCCAGGAAAGUUCUGCUAGCACAUCUCAUGUUAGCCACUUCCAUUUCCAGCACAGAAGCGUGCAGGAAAUGUCGCACUCAGAACUCUCGCUGUCAAGCGGCGCUCGACGGGUGGUCUCAGGUGGUCAGCAGAUACUUUCCAGCCAAGAAACCACGGUGUCAGACAGUGACAGUAACUUGGAUAAGAGUGAUAUAAAGCCUGAAAAUGAAGAAGAGGAAUUUCCCAGGUACACAACAAAAGAACUGAGAGCUCACUUUGAAAGAACCAUAGAGGAGGCCGCCCCGCAUAAACCAAUCAAGAUUGGCCAUGACAUCAAUCGAUCUAAGUGGUCCUCCAAUGUAAGCCAGAGCACCACAGCGACUAACGAGGUGCACACGGUGGCGGCAGCAGAAGAAACAAUGGAAGCCGUGAUGGACGAGCAGGACUUUCCACCGCCACCACCAGCAGCCAUUGAGGAUUGUGACUACCUUCCGCCGCCACCGCCCGAUUUACUCCAAAUGCCAUCAGAUGGUGAAAAUAUUCCUGCCGGGCAUUACUCACCUGAGGCAGGACCAGCAAACCCAGCAAAGAACCUUCUUAGCAGAGAAGCUUACAUAAAGCAAAGGAACAUGUCUGAGCUGAAACGUUUGUACAAGCACAUUCACCCCGAGCUUCGCAAAAAUAUCGAAGAGGACUUCUACAACGAGUACAACGAGAGCGUGAACAACCAAGAGUACACGUACGAGGAGGAUGCCGACAUCACCGAUGAAGAAUACGAAUGGGAAGAGAUUCUACCUGGUGAUGUUCAGGCCAGGCGGUGGGUUUUUGAAAACAAGCCACUGGAUGCCAUCAAGGAUGAAUCCCCCGAUGAAGGCGACGAUAACACAAAGAUUAGCGAAAAGGAGAUGAUUCUGGGAAAGGACGUGAGACGCACGGCGUGGAUGUUCGAGACAAAGACCGUGGAUGAGCUGGGUCCACGCGACGCCAACUCCACAGACUAUAAAUUCAAUAAAUUUGACAAAGGAGACGUGCGUGCCGCAGCAUGGUUAUUUGAAACCCAAACCAUGGACAGUCUAAAUAAAAUGAUCAGGGAGGAGGAGCUCACCAAAGAGAUCCUUUUCACAGAAGAGGACGGCAACGCCACCAUCUACAUGGUGGAUGGUAAGCACAUGGAAAAGCUCGGACACACGGAGACCGUCGAUGAGAGCCGCCUGCUGAGUUUGAGAUCAGUGUUGGAAGAAAUCAAUGACGAGGUGAAAACAAUCACAAGCACCUUUGACACUCAGUUUAAGUGCAUCAUCAUGGGACAGUCCAGUCAGAUGCUGGAGAUUAAAUCUGUGCGCAAAAUUGAAACGGAACUGGAGAACUCCAUCGCGUCACGUUGGCUUUUUGAUACCCAACCACUGGAUGCGAAGGACCCUCCUUCCUCGCUGAAGCUGCUGUGUAGUCUCUCCAUGGAAGACAGCAGCAAAGGUGAUUGGGGUCGAUGGCUGUUUGAGAUAAAGACAUUGAAUUCCCUGGACGAGCUGGAAAGUUCAAACACUGAGAAAGAGAUAGUCGGGGCGGAUGUGCGCAAACACUGCUUAGUCUUUGAGACUCAACCCAUGGAUUCUCUGAAGGAUGAUUCCAACCGCAAACCUCAGUCUGUUGAAGACAUAAUCGGGGGCAAUGUCAGAUCGGCCAGGAACUUCUUUGAAAGCAGCCCUCAAACCGAGAGGAGGAACCUCCCUGAAGUAGGAAAACUUCAAAAGACGGUGCUGAACGGAGAAAUGAAAGGCGAUGUGAGACACCAGAAGUGGCGCUUCGAGAGUCAGCCUUUGGAGCACAUCCGAGACGAGAGAAAAGAGGUGACGCGCACGGUCAACAUUGAGGAGGACCUCACGCAGGAAGACGGCACACGCUGCAGAGCAGACGUUCGUAAAAACUGCUGGGUGUUUGAGACUCAGCCCAUGGACACGUUGAAAGAUGACUCCAACAGCCUCCCGCUCACCAAGGAGGAAAUUAUUGCCGGAAACGUCAAGUCAGCCAGGCAUUACUUCGAGACCAUCCCAACCGAGGAGCCCAAGGAGCUCGCAGAGGUGGGCAAGCUGAAAAAGAGAGAUGAAGCGGAGGAGGAGAGGGGAGAUGUUCGCCACCAAAAGUGGCGAUUUGAAAGCCAACCUUUGGAGCAGAUCCGAGAUGAAAGGAAGGAGGUCAUCCGAACAAUCGACCUGGAAGAAAUUGACAAAGUGGACGUGUCAAACUACACGCUAAUGUUUGAGAGCACAGAUUUCAACCGAUGGGAUGAGUCUCAAAGGAUGCUGGUGGAGGGCGUCACAAGCGGUUCGGUCCGAUCUAACACCAACCUGUUUGAGUCGGGGCUCCUGUAUGCCAUGCAAGACGGCUCCGGACACUUCCACCAGGUGAAGACCGUGCGUCACGAAGAGGUGGUGAGCGGAGACGUUACAACAUACAAGUGGAUGUUUGAAACGCGGCCCAUCGACCAAUUUGACGAAAGCAUUGACAAAUACCAAAUUAUUAAGGGCGUAUCCAAACAGGAAAUGGAAUCUGGGGACGUUAAAACUGCAAAGUGGCUCUUUGAAACCCAGCCUCUGGAUUCCAUAAAGUACUUCAGCAACAUUGAGGAUGAGGAGAUGGAAAGUAAAAGUCAAGAUGUGGUGAAGGGAGACGUCAAAUCCUGCAAGUGGCUUUUUGAGACCCAACCGAUGGACGUCCUGUACGAAAAGGGGGACUCAAGGAGUGAAAAUGGAUGUGAGGAAAUGCCAAAAGGGGAUGUUAAAACGUGCACGUGGCUUUUUGAAACACAAGCACUCGAUAGCAUACGCGACGAGACGGAGACCACACUGAAAACAUGCACUGUCAAUCAAGAGGACAUUCGGGGGAAAGACGUAAGAACGGCGUGCUUUCUCUUCGAGACAGAGACACUGGAGAAUCUCUCUGGGGAGGAUGUGAGCGCUUUCAAGCGCAUCACCGAGAUUGACGUUGCUUCUGGAGACGUGUCACGAAAGAAGUACAUUUUUGAGCACAACACACCCGAUAUCAUCACAUCGACUUCUGAGGAAGUGAUGCAGCAUCUUAAGAGAGCGCAGACCGAGGACAUACAGAAAGGGAACGUCCUGACCUGCAAAUGGCUCUUUGAAAACCAGUCCAUAGACGCCAUACAUGAGGGCCAAGAGGAAUCGGUGAAAGGCCGCACUGUAACGGAUGUACACGGAGGGGACGUAGACCAGGGCCGCUUCAUCUUUGAGACCUUCUCCUUGGAUAAAAUCAAGGAGGCGGCCUCUGAAACCGAGCUGUCCAAAAUGCAGAUUGUGUGCGGUGACGAGGAGAAGGGCGACGUCAGAAACUACACCAUGAUGUUCGAAACCCAGCCUCUUUACGCCAUCCAGGACAAAGACGGCUAUUACCACGAGGUCACCACUGUCACUAGCGAAGAGGUGACACGAGGCGAUGUGGUGGGAACGCGGUGGUUGUUCGAAACCAAACCCCUUGACGCCAUCAAGGACUCGGAUGAGGUGUACGUUAUAAAAUCUGUCACACAGCGGGACGAGCAAAAAGGAGACGUGUCCUCAGCAAAGUGGAGGUUUGAGACCCAACCUCUUGACAGGAUUUGUGAAGACGGUAAGCUGCUGAUGAAGACCGUGGAGGACAUUCAAGGUGGCAAUGUGAAAAUGAAUAAGGAUCGUUUCGAGUCAGACGCCGCGUGGCAGGGGUCUGUCAGAACCGUCAACGUCAGCGAGAUACAAAAGGCUGACGUCAGGACAGCCAGGUGGAGAUUUGAAACCCAGUCCAUUGACAAAAUCAGAAGCCUGAGCUCGGAAAACCUGAUUGAGAGCGUUCAAAAGGAGGAGGUGGCGAAGGGAGAUGUGAAGCAUUCCGUGUGGCUCUUUGAGAAGAAUCCCCUCGACCACAUCAAGGAAGUAGACGAGAGCGAGGAGACGCAUGUCGCUCCAGAGGAAAUUCUCAAAGCGGAUGUAAAGUCAACAACAUGGCUCUUUGAAACGACGCCUUUUGAUGACUUUAACGCGACGAGAUCAGAGAAGGCGGAAAUUAUGGGCAAGAGCGUCAAGGGGACGCUCGAGGAGCUUUACAGUCAGAAAAUGGUAACGUCCAAAGGAAUACUGAUUGAAUCUGAUGAAAUCGGAGAUGUUAGGAUGGCAAAAUAUCACCUCAUGAAUCAGCAAACUCCUGAGAUUCAGCGAGAGGAGGUCAUCAGGGGGGAUUUGCAGACCAUCAUGAUGAACCUACUCAACAGACAGGAAAAACAGGAGCGGCAGGUGGUCAUCGAGUCUGAAGAGAAGGGUCAUAUCAGCACCACGGUGCGGCAGCUAUUCAACCAGGAGAGCGCUAAAAGUAUUGAAAAGGAAGAAGUUAUAGGAGGGGACAUCCAGGAAGCCAUAAAUAAGCUUUUUGGUGAAAGUGGUUCUGCCAAACAUGGAAUUCUCAUUCAGGAGGACGAGAAAGGAGAUGUUCGGAUGACCAUAUAUUCCCUUCUAAACAAACAGGACUGUGUUGAUGUUGAAAAAGAAGGUGUUGUGAAAGGAGACAUCAGGAGCGCUCUGCAGAGACUCUCCAGCCAGGAUGAGCCCGACCUGACCAAGAAGAUAACGGUGGAUGACACUGAGAAGGGAAAUGUCCAUUUUUACUCCACGUGUAUCGAAUCUGGGGCCCUCAGCUAUCUGAAACAGCUCCAUUUAGAACCCGAUGAAGAGCCGAGCGACACGAUAGAGAAAGAGAAGAUCAUCGGCGGUGACAUCAAGGGCACCAAAGUCAUCCUCAGUCGCAACCAAACUCAAGUGGAGCGCACGGUGGAUGAUGUCAUACCCGGCGACGUUCAUAACACGGUGAAAGUUUUCAUGACGGAACCCAUCCCGUCGUCGGAGAGUCACCAAAGGGACGAGAUUGUGAAAGGGAAUUUGAAAGCUGCUUUGACUUCCCUGUCUGAGUCAGCGAACCAGACCGUCGUUGUGGAGAAAGAGGAGGUGAUGAAAGGCAACAUCCCCAAAACUCUGCGAUGCCUCGAGAGGGCGCAACAUCGUCACAGGGAAAUGGAGAAGCCGGAUAUCAUUCCUGGAAACAUCAAGGGAGCUCUGAGAUCUCUUGAGAAAUCUGCAUCUUCCCGGGUGGAAGCUGCUGUUGAGGAUCUCGUUCCUGGAGAUGUUAAAGCCACGCUAAGAUCUCUGGAGCUGGCCAAGCGGUCUGUGCGGGAGGUGGAGAAGGAAGAAAUUGUGAGGGGCGAUAUUCACACGGCCAUACAAUCCCUACACGAUGCUUCCGCUGAGAAGAGAGCGUGCCAGCAGGAGAUAGAUGUUCAGGGGAACGUCAAAGGAACAAUUCAGCUCCUGAUGGAGCCUCCUUCCUCUCCGAAAAUGCAAAGGAGCUGCAGCAUCGAAGAGCUGAAAGGCGGUGUCAAGAUGUCAAUCAAGUCUUUAUAUGAGAUGCACGAGCAAGCGGAGGUAGAAAAGGAGGAAGUGGUAAAGGGUGACGUGAAAGGCACCAUCAAGUCUCUGCUGGAAACUGCACAGCGUGAAGCUCCCAAAGUGAGACAGGGCGCCUACAGGAGAGUCCGAGUGAAGCAGAGGCCUCCCGUUAAGAAUUUGAAUGCUGAAGCACAGAGGAACGCGCAGAAAAUAAAAACCGCCGUUUCCACUGUGAGUCAGUCUGUCACCAGUGAAACUGAAAGCAUUCAAUCAACGUCUUGUACGGUGGAGAAGCGGAGCAACGAGCAAGCUAAAAACGUUGUGGAGCACAAAACAAUCACACAAAAUCAUGGCAUUAAAACAUUAAAAACUGACUUCUGCAACCUGAAACCAAAAGGAAUGAUACGAUUAAAUAAAACCAAAGUGGAAACCAGUCUUUACACCCUGAAAGGACCAACGUCAGAGCCCGAUCUGCCUCCUCCUCCACCUCCACUUGUGCUCGACAUGGACCUCCCCCCUCCUCCCACGCCUCCACCGCCCUCUGUGGAUUCUGACGCUGAUCACCUUCCUCCUCCACCUCCGCCUCUUACCAACGAACAGGACUUCCUCCCUCCGCCUCCGCCUGAGCAAGAUCUAGAAAGGAUUCCAGCAGAAGUGGUUCAGGUCUCCCCAGUGGAGGCCAAAAAGAUGACAGUCAAGAAAGUGAAAGCUCCAACUUUGUGCCCUGUCCCCAAGCUGGAGUCCAAAGUGGAAUCCUACCAUGUGGCAGGAGUGAGCAAGUCCGUAACGACCACACGGACAUCAACCUCAACCUCUGAAAUUCCUCCACCACCAGAAUCGCCGCGACCUUUAAGGAAAGUUUGCAUCUCUCCUAUAAAAUUCACUCCCCCUCCUUCGCCUCCUCCUCAGAUGAAAGGCAAAGCCAGUAAAUUUAACACCCCGUUAAUAAAAGCAGAGGAAAAGUACCGCAAACUGAAGGAGGACAGCACUCCUCCGAGCACUCCAACUCCUCCUCAUGUAAAUGACGCCCUUACUGUGGCUCUUCAGAACAUUGCUGAUGAGGGAAAGCAGACGUCUUACAGCUCAGACUCCUCCACAUCCAAGCAGGUUGUCAUCUCCAGUAGCAUCCAGGGCAACGUCAGCGCCAGCCAGGAAAGAAUCCUCACAGGCUCCACCACAAUAUCAUCUGCCAAGCAGGAAAUGCUCUCUAAUGAGACCUCCAAUGUUGUCUCUAUCCAAAAGGCCUCCUCCGUGACUUCCAGCAGACAAAAGACUCAUCAAACGGUCUCUGUUUCCUCAACUCAGGCUGUUGUUACCCAGCAAGUUCACACAGCAGUCGCUAGUUUAGUAAAAACAGAAAAAGAAACAGCUGACGAGAAGAAACGUGUGAAAGGAUCUGAGAAACCUAAAAGGAACAUAGACGAUACUGUUAAAAAAGUCACACCUGAAACACCUCAGCAGACUUUCAGGAAAUCCCAAGCGGAGACCAAGACAAAAAAACAAACAUCUGAGAAAAAUAUUACGGCAGCUGACCCUGAUAAUAAAAUCACAAGCAGAGAAAAAGUCACUGAUGAAUCAAAGACGACGGAAGCUACUGUGACAAUUAAAGCUGACACAGCCAAUCAAAAGGUGGCAAAGAGUCAUCACCGUGAAACUCAGCUGGAUGUGAAGAUGGCAGAAGAGAGGGAGACGCAGGUGGAGGAGAAGCUUCCGGCAACGGAGAUGAAAGCAGAGUUAAAACAGGAGAUAAAGACUUUAAAUGGCAUUGGCAGCCAGCCACAAACGUCAACACCGACAAAGAAGAAAAAGAAGCCCAAAAAGUCGAAAGCGGGGGCACAAUCGGGUCAAACUAAGGACGCUGGCACGGAAUCAAAGGUGGCCAUUACAGAAAGGUCCAAUCAAACACUCCAAGCCGUAGUUGUUUCAGAAGAACACGUUCACACCAAGAAGGAACCACACAAGGAACCUCAAAAUCAACUUGAGGGAGUGCGAAAGAAGAAAGCGGUGACAGACGUUCGUCAGGAGAAUCGAGCCGACCCAAUUAAAGAGGCGGUUGAGUCCGAAAAAGUCAAAUCAACAUCAAAAGUGGAAGCUCCAAAGCAGCAAGCGCCGGGAUUCAUUCCUCACAUCCAAGCGGUUUCCAAAACUGUGCUUGGUUCGGUUUCAGAAGUGGGUCCCACACCAGGGGGGUCUACUGUGGAAGAAACAACUCAAGAAGUUGAUAUGAAGGAGACGCGUUUGUGUGAGAUUGUUGAGGAGUCGGCUACGGGCACCACAAUAUCCAAGAUCAGCGUUGGUUCUACCAAAGUGCAGAACCAAACAAAGACCUUCCAGGAGAGCAGGAAAGAAGAAACAAGUCAAGUGAAGUGUACCGAUCUUCGAGCUCCCUCACCCUCACUGAGAACGCGCCCUCCCUCGCCAACAUUCAUCACCAUUGAGUCCAUCCGAAGGACACAGUCCCCCCAGAGGGUCACCCCGUCACCGACGCUGCUGCACAGGCCGGCCACACCUCCCACGCCGCCGCCACGGCGCUGCCAAACCCCUACGGCACGCCUCACCAGAAUCACACCCUCACCCACAUUUGACAAAGCAGAGAACUUGGAGAGGCUCAAAGACACGACGGCCAAGCUCUUACGCGGCGUCACCCCCCCACCGCUCAUUUCUCCACAACUGAUCUCUGAGAAGAAAUCGGAAAUUGUGGAAACACCGGCGUCAUUCCAUUGCCAGAUAAAACGACGCAGCUGCAGCCCAGCGGAGACACUUGACAAGGAACCUGCAAAGAUAGACAACCAUACCUCUGAAGAUCCAGAGGCUUUGAACGCAAAUGACCCCCAGAGUAGCUCUGAGAUCCAGAGUGUCCCUGAAGAUACCGCUGAGCCAUCAUCUGCCUCAGUUAAAGAAAAGAAAGCGUUCUUUGAGGAGGCCCAAAAAGCUGAAAUGAAUCCAACCUAUAGACGCAAGGAACCCAUUCCUAUUCCCGAACGACUCGGCCCAGACCUGGAGGAAAGCCAAGAGGAACAUUCACACAAAGAAAAGGAGGAUCUCCCCAAGGUUGACUUGUCUGCUCUCUUAGAUCAAUUGACAUCAACGGAGAAAACAAUCAGAAAGGAGAUCCUCCCACUUUCCGCAGAGUGGCUUCACAAUGAAGCGAAGGAAGACGUCUCAUCAGACGAUCAGGGCAUGCCCACUUUUGAUAUCCAAGCAAUUAGGGAUGUUUUUGAAAUGAAUGUGGAAGGUUUCUCUUUGGGUGAAGAGCAUAGGGAUCAGAAGGAGCCCAUGUCAAGCCGGACGUUAAACCUGCAGAGCCCUCCAGAGGCAGAGGGAGGCGUACAGCAGAGCACCGUCCCGCCACCCCAGGAAAACGUACAAGAAAUCACCCCCACAUAUCCAUCAGCUCUUUCGGAGAGCAAAUCAAUCACAGAGGUUGAUGAAUUUGGGAGCAAGGUCACGAGGACAAACGUCAGUCAGCAGUCUGGCGGCGCGUCAACACAGCCGCCACCUUUCUCCUACGCUGACGCCGUGAAAAGGAAAGCGGUGGCGGCCAGGAGAACACAAACAUACGACCAAGAGGCCACAGAGAACUUGCUGAAAAACUUCCACCAAACGUGGAAAGAGAGUGAGACGGUCUUCGAGAGUCUUGGCUAUGCCGUGUCCGAGGAGGUGACAUCACGGGUCGUGUCGUGUCAUCAGACGAGCGCCAUCUCUGGCUCGAGUGCCGAAGUCGGAGCUGUGCGCGGUGUGUCGACGGAGGGUUUACCCGAUGGAUGGAUGGAUUGUGGACAGAAAAAAGUACCAUAAAUCCUGUUUCUUCUGUGAGCACUGCAAAACCAAAUUAAGCCUGGGAAAUUACGUCUCUCUCCACGGACACUUCUUUUGUUUGCACCACUACAAACAACUCCUCAAGUCCAAAGGCAUGUCCCAUAAUGGACCGGAGCAGAAAGCCCCCACAGGAAGCAGCGGAUCCGUCCCUGCAGAGCAGAAAGUG